CUAGAGUCCAGUGGUGGUGUGCUUUACGACACUGCAUCUGACACUAUGCAUUGCACUUGGUGAUGUAAGCUGCUUGGCCAUGGAAACCCAUUUCAUGAAGCUCUCUACAUACUGUUGUGCUAAUCUGAAAGCUACACGAAGUUUGGAGGUCUUUAGCUUCUGACUCUGCAGAGCGUUGGCGACCUCUGCUCACUGCGCUUCAGCAUGCCUGACCCCGCUCUGUCAUUUUACGUGGCCUACCACUUCAUGACUGAGUUGCUGUUUAUUACCGGUUGCUUACACUUUGUUAUAAUACCACUGACAGUUGACAGUGGAAUAUUUAGUAGCAAGGAAAUUUCAUGGAUGCUUAUUGCAAAGGUGGCAAUCUAUCAUGGCACCACGCUUGAAUUCACUGAGCUCCUGAGAGUGACCCAUUCUUUCACAAAUGUUUGUAGAAGCAGUGUUUGAUUUUAUACACCCGUGGCCAUGGAGGAGAUUGGAACACCUAAAUCCAAUGAUCUGGAGGGGUGUCCCAAUACAUUUGGCAAUAUAGUGUGUGU